AACUCAAUAAUAAAUAAAAUUAUACAAUAUAAUACGCGUAAUCUAUAACAAUUUAAUAUUUAUUAUGAAAGUACUUCUCAAAUUUGUUCAAAACUUAAAAAUUAAUCAAUAAUUUUACAACUAAAAUGAUUACGCCUCUGACCAAGGGCAACAAACAACAAUAUAACCAAACAUUUUAAACGUCAGUUAUCUUUAUACUGUUGCCUAAUGAACUUUUAAAUGUUAAUUACUAAUCGAUAAUAAGAAAAAUCUCGAAAUGAAUAAGAAGAAGAUAGCUUUUGGUAAAAUAAGCGUUAAUUUCGCUCAAAAUGCGAAAGUGAUCGAGUCCACCGACACAAUUGAGAAAUUUGGCCCAAAAGUAAUUGAAACACUCGAAGAAGAUGAUACAGAAUCACAACAGAUGAAAGAUGUGAUGGGAAUAAGCUCAUUUGGAAAGAAAGCUAAAUCAUUUGACGUCCAAGCAAUGGUUGAACAAGUAAAGAAAACAGCAAGAGAAAUCACUAAACCAGCUGCUAUUGAUCCAAAGUCUACAAAUGAAGAAGAAUCAAGUCAAUCAAGUGAUGAUGAGGAUGAUUUCAUAGGUCCUCCUAUACCUAAAGAAAUUCUUGAAGCUCAAGAAACUAAAGAAGACACAACCAAAACAACAAAAGCAGGCAAGUCAAAUGAUGAUGAUGAUGAAGAGGCAAGCAGUGAUGAUGAAGAGGAUGACAAGGAAACAUUCAUACCUUGUUCACAUGAAGUAUCAAUGGUUCAUGGCAGUAAAGCUGUGACAGCAAUGAGUUGUGAUCCAAGUGGUGCAAGAUUAGCUUCAGGUUCUGUUGAUUAUGAAGUCUCUUUCUGGGACUUUGCUGGAAUGGACUCCAGUAUGCGUUCUUUCCGUACCCUGCAACCUUGCGACAACCACCCUAUUCGCAGUUUACACUAUUCAGGCACUGGCGAUCUCCUGCUUGUAGUUUCCGGCGCGGCGCAGGCGAAAGUCAUCGACCGCGAUGGUUUCGAAAAGCUGGAAACCGUCAAAGGUGACAUGUAUCUCUCUGACCAAGCACGCACACUUGGUCAUACUUCUAGUUUACUUGCCGGUGCAUGGAGUCCUGUAUCACGUGAAGAAUUUCUCACUACAUCAUCUGACGGUACAGCGCGUUCCUGGGACAUUUACAAAGGUGGUAAAGCGCAUAAAGAACUCAUUAAAUGUCGCGCACAAAACGGGUUGAAAACCGCACCUACUGCAUGUUGUUACAAUCGAGACGGGCGUGUUUUUGGCUUUGGUUGUGCAGAUGGCUCAUUACAAUUGUGGGAUUUACGUCGGAGUACUGUUUCACCCAGUAGUUUAUGUCGAAAUGCGCAUCAACCGGUGGAAAUUACUAGUAUUUGUUAUUCACACGUCGGGGAGCAUUUAGUCACACGCAGUAUGGACGAUACAAUGAAGUUAUGGGACUUGAGAUACUUUAAAAAGUCUAUAAAUGAGGUUAAAGAUCUAUUUUCGCGAUAUGACAUGACCGACGCCAUCUUUAGUCCGGAUGAUCGUAUGGUUGUCACUUGUACGUCAUUAAAAAAAGGCGAAAAGACAGGUUAUUUAUUACUCUACGAUUCAGGCACGUUUCAAUUACGUAGAAAGUUAGAAGUCGGUAAUUCACACGUAAUUAAAACCAUCUGGCAUCCAAAAUUAAAUCAAAUUUUCGUGGGGACUGGAAACGGUAUAGUUAAGUGUUUCUAUGAUGAAAAACGUAGCAUGCGUGGUGCAACACUUUGCGCUGCGAAAACACAACGCAAAGUACAACAUACAGAAGUUAUAAGUACGCAACAAGUCAUCACACCGCAUGCAUUGCCAUUAUUCAGACAGGAAAGACGUAAAACAAGCAGGAAACAAAUGGAGAAAGAUCGUCUGGAUCCAUUAAAAUCAAAACGGCCUGAUUUACCGAUUACUUCCGGUCAAGGCGGACGUGUCGCUUCAAGCGGUGGUACAUUGAGUAGUUUUGUAAUAAGAAAUUUAGGGUUAAGUAAGCGAGUUGACGACGAUCAAGAUCCCAGAGAAGCCAUUUUGAAGUACGCGAAGGAAGCGGAAGAGAAUCCAUACUGGAUCACACCAGCGUAUUCAAAGUCUCAACCUAAGAACGCACCGAAAAAGGACGAGGAUGAACCGGAAUCAAAGAAACAAAAACAAUAAAUUUAAAUAAUUCGAGGAAAAAAAUGUCGCUGACAACAUGUAAAUGUAAUUUAAUCGGAAUAUUGCCACCAGUCCUUCUCGUAGCCUUCGUGAACGUGCUCCAGCAGAGCUUUCCUGCGACCAUCACAAUAUCUGUAUUUAUCCUGCACUUUUUGUUUUAUAUCUACCAGAUUAGCUUGUGUGAUAUCCCGCUCGAGAUAUUCACUCAGCAUCUCCGUCGCUGUUUCUAAAUCCUUUUGAUUAUCCUCGAAUAUCACAGAUUGGUUGGUUUUCUUCAAAUAAAAUGCAAACACGUAUGUGUACAUCAA